GGCGCGCAGGGCUGGGAGAGCGACCUGGGGCCCCUCUUCUGGGCGCCGGAGUUCGGAAGAGGGUGGGUCCACGCCGCCCAAGAGCAAGAGCGCGAGAGGAGCCGGAGGAAGGAGCGCCCGCUCGCCCGCCGCCUCGCUGCCACCCCGGCGCUCGCUCUCCCGGCUCCUAGGUUUGCUGGCUGCUCCUCCCACCCGCGCCCGCCUCUCUGCUCGCGCUCUCGCUCGCUCGAGCCGGCUUCCAAGCCCGCGGUGCGCCCGGGCGAGUGCGGGGCGAGGGGCCCCGGGGCCAGCGCCGAGCCGGGGGCGGGGGUCCGGGCAGAGCGCAGACGGCCGGGGAGGGGCCAUGUCCGGCGCGGGCGCAGAGGGGCCCGUCUACAGCAAGUGACCGAGCGGCGUGGACGGCCGCCUGCCCCCCUCCGUCACCUGGGGCGGCGCGGGCCCCGGUGCCGGGUGCCCGGAGCCCGGGUCGCGCGUAGAGCCGGCGCGAUGCACGUGCGCUCGCUGCGCGCCGCGGCGCCCCACAGCUUCGUGGCGCUCUGGGCGCCCCUGUUCCUGCUGCGCUCCGCCCUGGCCGACUUCAGCCUGGACAACGAGGUGCACUCAAGCUUCAUCCACCGGCGCCUCCGCAGCCAGGAGCGGCGGGAGAUGCAGCGCGAGAUCCUCUCCAUCUUGGGCUUGCCCCAUCGCCCGCGUCCCCACCUCCAGGGCAAGCACAACUCGGCGCCCAUGUUCAUGCUGGACCUGUACAAUGCCAUGGCGGUGGAGGAGGGCGGCGGGCCCGACGGCCAGGGCUUCUCCUACCCCUACAAGGCCGUCUUCAGUACCCAAGGCCCCCCUCUGGCCAGCCUGCAAGACAGCCACUUUCUCACCGACGCCGACAUGGUCAUGAGCUUCGUCAACCUCGUGGAACACGACAAAGAGUUCUUCCACCCACGCUACCACCACCGGGAGUUCCGGUUUGAUCUUUCCAAGAUCCCAGAAGGGGAAGCGGUGACUGCAGCCGAAUUCCGGAUCUACAAGGACCACAUCCGGGAACACUUCGCUAACGAGACAUUCCGGAUCAGCGUUUACCAGGUGCUGCAGGAGCACUUGGGCAGGGAGUCGGACCUGUUCCUGCUCGACAGCCGCACCCUCUGGGCCUCGGAGGAGGGCUGGCUGGUGUUCGACAUCACGGCCACCAGCAACCACUGGGUGGUCAACCCACGGCACAACCUGGGCCUGCAGCUCUCGGUGGAGACUCUGGAUGGGCAGAGCAUCAACCCCAAGUUGGCAGGCCUGAUCGGGCGGCAGGGGCCCCAGAACAAGCAGCCCUUCAUGGUGGCCUUCUUCAAGGCCACCGAGGUCCACCUCCGCAGCACCCGUUCCACGGGGGGCAAGCAGCGCAGCCAGAACCGCUCCAAGACACCCAAGAACCAGGAAGCCCUGCGGGUGGCCAACGUCGCAGAAAACAGCAGCAGCGACCAGAGGCAGGCCUGUAAGAAGCACGAGCUGUACGUCAGCUUCCGGGACCUGGGCUGGCAGGACUGGAUCAUAGCGCCCGAAGGCUAUGCCGCCUACUACUGCGAGGGGGAGUGUGCCUUCCCUCUGAACUCCUACAUGAACGCCACCAACCAUGCCAUCGUGCAGACGCUGGUGCACUUCAUCAACCCGGAAACGGUGCCCAAGCCUUGCUGUGCUCCGACUCAGCUCAAUGCCAUUUCCGUGCUCUACUUCGAUGACAGUUCCAACGUCAUCCUGAAGAAAUACAGAAACAUGGUUGUCCGGGCCUGUGGUUGCCACUAGCCCCUCCUGGAAGUCAGACGCUUCGGGGCCACGUUUUUCCAGAUCCUGGGUCUCUCCCACCACCUCGGCGAGGAGCCCGCAGACCAACUGCCUUUCGCGAGGCCUUCCCGUCCCCCUCCCCAACUGCAGCGCUGUAGGAGUGUUAAGGAAUUUGAGAGGCAGAUGGCUUUUGAUCCGUUUUUCGUCGGCAUCCUACAGACAAGAUCCUGCAAGCUGCUGCAGGCAAAACCUAACAGGGAAAACAUAUAUCAAGAAAAAUUGCCGGGCCCCGAUCGCUGGCUGUGAAGUCUCAGUUGUGCACCGACUCGUUCCCAGGGGUAAUGAUGACACCCUUCAGCCCGGCCACCAGCAGCGGGAGGAAGGGGGCGUGGCCAGGGGUGGGCACGUCCGUCUCUGUGCGAGAGGAAGACUAACGCGGAAGUCCCUGUAAUAAAUGUCACAAUAAAACGAAUGAAUGAAAA